AUGCCCAGCAAAGGCAUCACUGUAUACAGCUACAUCGGCGUUCCGGGCUACGAGGUCGGCUUUUCUGUGCCCCAGCAGGAAGUGCUCCAUGAUGUGGCCCACAACUUUACCAGCCGUCAGCUCGAGAUCGACUCGUCGCACAUUCAGGGGCUCGGUAACUUCACAGGUCGCUUCGAAUGGACCGUCUUUCGCUAUGGAGAACGGGUGGCUGGCGCACAUAACGACGUUAACAGUCUGACGGGAAAGAUCGAAGGAGGCACGAUGGUCGCGACACAGGAUUUCCACCCGAUCGUGACAGAGGACGCCAUCAUCACUUAUGGCUUCUAUGCCGCGGGUCACGGCGAGGUUGGUCUCACCGAUCGCCAUCAAUGCUAUGUGACCAUCUGCUCGAGAGAAAAUCGGGAGUGGAUGGGAAGUGUGGCUCCUCCGGGAUCCCCUGCUGCACAGCAGCCCUUCUCGCGCUUCGUGCUGGCUGCGCCACACGACAAUGGAAUGAAUGGGAUGACGGCAUGCGAGGCCAUCUUUCAGCAUCUCGAUUCGGACAUGCUGGCAGUCGUUCGCCGGCUUGUCCCUCUGCUCGAGCACGUCAAUCACGUUCCGGACCACUUUCUCAUGAAGAAGCUACCUCAUAUCGUAUACGGCCUCUCCAUCACCCAAAAGAAAACCGUCUCGACUAUGCUGGCCAUGGGCGCACGGUACUUUGAGUUUCGUCCAGCUAAGCUCCUUCCCAUGUUUCAGAAAGUGUCUGCCCUACGAGACACUUUCUACUUCCAGCAUGCGUGCAUCCCCGGUAUUGCCUUUGACGAGUUCCUCCGCGAGCAGGUCGCCUUCCUCGACGAGAACCAAACGGAGAUUGUCACAAUCCAUAUCCGAUGGGAUAACAUCGUGGCAGACUGCCAGCGGCCCACAGAAGACGAGAUCUCAGACCUGUUUAACGAGGCGUGUGCCAGGGCUGUGCGUAGCCCGCUCACAUGGGGAACACGCGAGUGCUUUGAACAACCGAUUGAGGAAUUGCGCCGCACGGGGACUCGUCUGAUUGUUGUCAUCGAAGCCGACAAGUACGAUAGCUGGACCGCUGAAGCAUACGCAACACUGAGUGCCGACCCGAUAAUCGACCGUUUUGAGUCCAUGACUACCGAGGGACAGGCAGACUCCGACUUGACCAUCCUGCAGUGCCAGGCGACCUCCCAGUCUAUCAAGGAAGUGUUUGUCUACAGCGUCUUCUCUGCAGCAGCGGCUAGCUCUUGUCUCACCUCGACCAAGGGGAUGCUUGACAUGCAAACUUUGCCUUGGAUUAGAAAGAAUGCUCUGGAUAGACUUCGGGCCGAGAAGACUAUUGUUCUCAUGAAUGACUUUAUUGAUGGGGCAACUGUCGACACGUCCAUUAUGCUUUCGCGUCAGCGCUUGUCCUUGUAA